AUGCUUUUACUCGAUCGCUUACCUUUUACGUGUCGUGCCAUUACUUUUGUUACUUACGUUCUACUGGGCUCAAAAGUGACCCCCUUGCCUUGUUCCAACGCCGGUCAUCAUCAAUAUGCAGCCACCGAUACGCUCCCUCGACUGAUUCGGUUGAAAGCUGAGUAG